CCGACACUUUCAUCUGCCAGUGAUGUUUGGUUCCAAGUUCCAACCCUUCUAAACCAUAAGCACUUAUGCAUUAUUCUCUUUCAUUACAUCAUUUGUUUCCAUUUCUAAGUUUUUCUAAUAUAUAUAUACACAUACAUGCAUGCAUAAACUUCUUAGUGUGUCACAGUGUGUACGUUAUAAUUAUAACACUAUACAUAAGUAACUAUGCAAUCUGCAAAAUCAGAAUCUGAUAUAACAAGUUUAGCUCCUUCAUCUCCAUCAAGAUCUCCCAAGAGACCUGUAUACUAUGUACAAAGUCCUUCAAGAGACUCACAUGAUGGAGAUAAGUCAUCUGUCAUGCAUGCUACUCCAAUAUCGAAUAGUCCUAUGGAGUCACCUUCACAUCCUUCGUUCGGGCGUCACUCGAGAAACUCGUCUGGUAGUAGGUUUUCGGGGAUUUUCAGGUCGUCUUCGAGUAGGAAAGGCGGUAGGAAGAGGAAUGAUAAAGGCUGGCCGGAGUGUGGUGUGAUUCUUGAAGAAGGGUCUUAUCGCGAAUUCGAGGAUAAGGCUUUCGCGAGGCGGUUUCAAGCUUUGAUUGCUGUUUUUACUUUUGUGGUUGUUUUUACUGUGUUUUGUUUGAUCAUUUGGGGUGCUAGCAGACCUUACAAAGCAGAAGUUACUGUCAAGAGCUUGACAGUACAUAAUCUAUAUGUUUGGGAGGGUACAGACUUCACUGGUGUGCCAACAAAAAUUCUGACACUCAAUAGCACUAUGCACAUGAACAUCUAUAACCCUGCUACAUUUUUUGGCAUCCAUGUCCACUCUUCACCCAUCAAUCUUGUUUACUCAGAAAUCAGUAUCGCUACCGGCGAGUUGAAGAAACAUUAUCAGCCACGAAAGAGUCACCGGUUGGUAUCAGUGAACUUGGAAGGUAACAAGAUUCCACUUUAUGGAGCUGGAUCAAGCAUGACAGUUUCGCAAACGGGUAGCGUUGAAGUAGCACUUGUGUUGAAGUUUGAAAUCAGUUCGCGCGGAGAUGUGGUCGGGAAGUUGGUAAGGACGACGCAUCGUAAGGAAGUUGCGUGUCCUUUGGUUAUUAAUUCUUCAGGAACAAAGCCUAUUAAGUUCAAGAAGGAUUCAUGCACAUAUGAGUGAUUUGGUUUGUUCAUUUUGGGAGAGUUCAUGUAUGAUGAUGAGAUUGUAACAUAGAGUUUGUGAGUGUUUUUGAGCUUGAGGAACUCCAUUUGCAAGAGGGGUUUCUUAAUCAAUCUGUAUUUUACUCAUGUGAGUUUUGUGCAAAUAAGUGCAUGUACAAUUUUAUGUUUAUACUCCCUCUUUCACUCAAUCAAUUGUAUAUGAAGUUUAAUAAAAUUACAAUUAUCUUUCGCUUAUUUAUU